AUGGGGCUGAGGCCGAGGUCGGAGAGCGCGGCUACAGAGGGCCCCAACAGACCAACCGAUGAUCACGGCAGCCCCGGGAAGACCGCUAAGUCUGUCUUGACGUGGAUCAACUAUCCAACGAUAGUAGUCGCAACCGGUGUUUUUAUAGUGGGCAUUAUUGGUAGUACAGCAACGGGAGUCGUCGAGAAAUAUGUGCGCGACGGACUGGACGUGCUCUUGGACCACAUCCAGGUUCACGGCCUAGAGGAGUCUAUCGACCUCGACAAAUUGGACAUUGGUUUCGUACUGCGGACAGUGUGUCAGCCCCUAGUGGUGGUAGGGAUUGCUGGAAUGGUGCUCUCAGGUCUGGGGCUCGUUUCCGCAAGAUUUAACUUUGCAACUCUCUUAAUAACGUUGGACGACCUUCUUAUUCCAAAGUUAGUGAACUCUAUCCAUACGGACUACCGCGGAUUCAACGAAACCAAUUUCGUUUCCCAGGCUUGGAAUUUAGCUAUGCUAGCGAUCCAGUGCUGCGGCGUCAACGACUACAGUGACUUCCGGGAGGCAAACGUCUGGCUUCGGAAGUUGUUUCAGGACGGCUACUGGUUUGAGCUGCAGACGCCCCUCACGUGCUGCAACAUGGCGGUCAAGCCGGUUAAUGAUUUCUCGUGCGCGGUCAAUCCUUCGGAGGGAACGUCGUACUUCCUCAAGGGAUGCUAUUGGCGUGUAUGGAGUCUGAUCGAUGUGUACAAGGUUUACAUCAUAGGCUUGCAGGUCAUCGUAGCUCUUGCGCAGUUGGCAUUGAUAUGUGCCAGUAUAGUAGCCGCAGUGCAAUUAAGACGACACCGGAAAAAACUCACUCAAAAUUCUAAUGAUGAGGAGCAAGCGCAGAUGGGGCCAACGAUAACCCCGCCCAUGGCGUCACGCCGUCUUCAACAAGUGAUCGGGUGGAACCAUGCGCUUAUUCAUCCGGAAAGAACAGGCGUUGAAAAUUCGUUAUCCGAUUCAUCAGACAACGCUUUUAAACCAGGACAAUGUCCGCUUAAUUUAUCCAUCAACGGUUACAGUAACAAUUUAUCCAACAGCGAUCCCUACAACCAUAUAUUCAACAACCUCUACAACAAGGAUUUCGUUUACAACGGCAACAAAAAGCAUGUAUCAAACUACUGA